AAGAAUAUGACAUUUAUAUGAUUAAAUCUUUCUGUAAGCAGUUUGUAGAAUUAUCCAGUUAAGAGCCAUUGAUGUUAUAAUUUGCAUGUUCGCAACUCAUUUCUGUGUGUGUCAUUUGAGUUAAAUUGAAGCUUACAAUUAAGUAUAAUACACAGUGACGAAAUAAAAUUUUUGUAUAUUUAGCAGUUUCUUUUGAAACGAAUUCACAAUCUUGGGCUCUUCAAAUGGAUGCCUCAUGUCAUGGAUAACCUGCUUGUCAAUGCAUAUUUAGUUAAAAUAGGUUUAAUCCAAUUUUACCUUUUACACUAAUGCAAAGAAAUAAAAAAGAUACAAAUUUGAAAUAAUUGCAUGUGUUGGUAUAUGCACAGAAGGUCACAUGCAAGUAACUUGUCUUUUAAGGUUCUACGAAUUGUUCGAAUAGAACAUUUUUUUUUUUUUUUUACCCGCCAUAGUUACUACAUUACGCCUUAUUUCAAAAGAAAAACCUAAUCGAAAACUCCUCUCUGCUUCAAACCUUACGUACCCAAACAAUACAUACGGCACGUGUUGAUUUGGCGGCCGCGCCUUUGGCGAUAAACGGUAAAACUGUCCUGGUAACCCUUCGAAAGGCGUGCGGAGGGGUAGGAGAAAUUAUUGCUAAGAAAAUACGAGCUCCGGCUUCAGAUGAGAUCCAGUUCUUCUCCCGAUCAGGUUAUUCCUAGGAUAAAUGUUACUACUCUCCUUAGCUGAUAUGCUCUAGCAUUUGGGAUAACUUGAGACAUCCGAAGAUGCAGAAGAUGUGUUGUAAACUUUGAAAAUGCAUAAGAAAAAGCUGCAUUCUUUGGAAAAUAUAGAUAUUAAACAAACAGAAAUUUUGCUGAGCAGAACUGAAUGCCUUAAGUAAACGAAUCAAAAAUAAUUCAAUUUCAUAAAUGCAAACAAAAGAAUCACAAGAAGCAUCAACAUUAUUUACCCCUAAAGCACAUUAAAUAUGGUUUCUCAAACUCAAGCUGGACGUCUGGUUAAGAGGCCAAGUGAUGGUUUCACCAAGUGUCAGCGUCCCAGAGUAAAUAGUCAAUGGUCUGUGUGGUACUGUGUGUUUACAAUGGCUUUGCAAAUAUACAUCAUGGUCACAAGUAUUCAAAGGUUUACCCGAUAUGUGUCCUUGCCAUGGCCGCCUCAGGGACAGCCGUACUUUGAACUAAAUGCUUAUGUAGCUUUCAUAGGAGCUGCAGUGGUUUUGAUGCCAUUUUUUGUAAUAUCUGCACUGAUGAAAGUUGGAAAUUACGCCAAUGAUGGACAUAAGAUCGGUGAUGAAGAGCCAGAUAUGGUUGUCUACCAAAAUCUACGUAAAAGGAAAUGUUGCCGAUGGGUUAAAUCUCUAUGGAAGCACGGAGGACCAAUAGCAUCGCUGAUUCACCUUGCAGCAUCUAUGUGCCUUUUACUACCUAGGCUGCUCAUUGAAGCCCAACUUAUUAAACAUGGCUUCCUCAGCAAAGGUGCUAUAUGGAGGACAGAUUUGGAUUUCCUUAUAGAGCAUAAAGAUCGACUGGUGACUCUGCGUUUUAUAGCCACAUUGAAUGCAUCAGAAGUCUGGGGUCAACAGGGAGAUGAUUCUCCGAAGCCAUCUCUUCGACCUGAAAUUCAAAUAGAAGAACAUGCUAUCAUUUCAUCCGAGUUCAUAAAUUACACGAUCGCGCUUCUAGUGUAUGCUGUUAGAUAUCCAGCUGUUUUUUGGAACGCUAAUAAAAGUUUCGGCUUAAUUUUCAGUUGUUACCUUCUACUUACAGCAUCGCAGCAACUACUUGCAUUUGCUGGAUUUGCAAUAUUAUAUAAAGUUCAUAUAUGUGGUUCUCGAGAUGUUUUGUUAAGAUUCAGUCAUCUCUUGCUCAGUGAGAAAUUAACCGUGAUUACAUUUCUAAUUUACAGCACAUUACUCAUAAUUUCUGGAACAACGCUUUAUUUUUACGGAAUUCAGAAAUACAAAGAGUGGGUUGACAGUAGAGUACAAUGUCAACUGAUACGAUGGAAACAAGAAUCUCGUCGUCUGUGGGGAGUAGCACCUCAUUUAACUGCCUUCGUGACUCUUAUUGCCACUGCCCUGUGCGCUGGCCCAUUGAUGUACGAUUAUACUCUAGUCUAUUGCGGUAGUUUAGAUGGAGUUGUUCUUGCCGGUGUGACUGGCACGAUUAUUCACCUUUUUCUGUGGAUUGUUUUAUGGCUAAUAUUAACUAUUAAGCAUCGGUGGGUGUUCGUUUCUGCCACAGUUUGUGCAAACUUACAGCUAACUGGAUUCAAAGGAAGUGGUCAAGAGGCUCCUCUUUUAGUUAUAGAUCAUGGUCAGACUUACCAAGUCAGGGAAAAAGAUUCUAAAAAAGCCAUUCUCAGUGUAGUGCACAAAUCACUGUCAUCUAUACCAAAGAUUUCUCCAUCAGAAGAUGAUGACAUAUAUUGGUUAAAACCCAAACCACCUCCACCAAAAGAUCCGGAGAGAGCGUCUACAUGGCACAGGAGUCAACGAAAAUCUCCUGGGGCUAAGCAUAAAGUCAUUUUUCAAGAUGGACUUAUUGGAUCAACUGCAAAUUGCAAAAGAACCAGGUCUUUAAAAAAAUCACCUAAAGCUGCAGGAAGAUUCAAGAAACAGAAUGUGAAGUUUGAAGAGCUUUCUGAUUCAGAUGAUGGUGAUUAUGCUACUCUGAGGGACAUGACUGUAGUCAGAGAAGAUGGAGAUGGAGACGAUGGAUUGCUAAGUAAGAGACUUCUACCCCGAGAUGGAAAAGAUGUGCUUAGAACAGACUACGAGAACUUAGAAGUUCAUCAUUUCUCUCCUGGUAUUGAAGAUGUUGAUGAUGAAGAGCUUCCUGAUUUCGAAAGAUCAACAAACUCUCAUUUGAGGGUGCCAGUGUCAGUACACCGUCAACCACCCAACAACUCCAGGAGAAAUGACUUUGGAGUGUCCAGAGAUAACACUGGUGAAAUCACUCCCAGAUCGGGUUCAAUUAGUGAAUCCUCAACGUCUCCAGAAAAAGGAACUAGUGAGUCGUCUAGUGGCGUACAUUCAAAUGGAAGUAUGGGAAAUAAAAGGGCAUCUAGUAUGGAGAAUGUUGGGCUUGUCACAUUAGCAAGGCCAACAUGGAAGAGCAUGUCUUUGCAAAGAGGUGUAGCACCUCCUCCUGUCGUAGUACCCCAUGCUAAAAUAAUUAAACCUUUAAAUGGUUCCAUGGCAAUCCCUCGUAAGUAUAAUAAACGAAUUGCAGAUGAAACAGCAAGUUCAAAAAUUGAACCUUUCGAAAGAGCUACAAAUAUUAGAAUGACUUCAUUCACUGAUCAUCCUGACUUUCCCACAACAGUAGUGAAUAUUAAUAACAGCUCAAAGUCAACCACACAUUUCCCAAUGACUACUAUGCAAACAAUCCCAACUCAUCAAAGGCGAGACUCGGCUAAUUAUUCUUUAGCUUCAUCAGCAGAGUCAGAAUCAAGUGUACAGCAAUCUUGACAGUCUCUGAAACAUUGCUAAUCAUAGGUUACUCUCUGUGAAUCAUCAAAAGGUUAUAACAUACAUUGUAAUGUAUGAUACAUAACGUUUGUUUCGUCUGACAUUCCAGGUAUGAAAUACUAAAGUGCUUCACUGAAAGUUGUGCCUCACUUUUGUGAGCUAACUGCAUUUAUGUUAGCUUAACUCAAUUUUUGUUGACCAAGGGACCAGUUGUGCCCAGAUCCAUUUUGAAAUCAGAAAAUUUGUAGUCCAUUUUUGAAUAUUUGAUACAUUUUGCGUUUCACAACAAGAUUCUGAAAAUCUGUAUGAUAACUGUUGUUAUUUUUUGCAGUGUGAAUUUAUUUAAAAAUGAUCCAGUUACUAUUGUUAGGACAUGAUUUGUUUUUUAUUCAGAAGAAAAACAGUACUAGAAAAUGUAUAGCACAAGCAUAAAAAAUUUCACAGUUUACUACUCUUAUUUUACAUAUGAGUUACCAUUUGCUGAAUAAACAUGCAUUUUUGACAGUCUAACACCUUGAGUCACAAAAAAUGACAAAAUUAUUUAAGCUUAAUGAAUGUAUGCAUGAAUUCUUGUAUAUUUAAAAAUGUUUUUACAUUUCUAUUUGUUGGAAUCAUUUUAUACAAAUCUUGUUUCACUGUGUUAAACAAUAAUAGGUUCCAAUAUUAAGAAGGCAUUUUUAAUUAGAUCAAUGCAGCUUGUUUUAUGAAUCAAAAAAUUCAGUAUAUUCUGAAAUAUAAAAUUAUGUUUCUGCAAUAGUUAGUUAUUUAUAUUUCUUUAAUAAGUGAUAAAAUUAUUGUUAUGGCUCUUUAAAAAAAUUAAAGUUUUUGAUAAUUUCUUUUAAUAAGAGAAGUAUUUAAAAAAAAAUACAUUCAGCUUCAUACAGAAUCAUAGUAACUUCAUCAGGAUGACAUACAUUAAGAAAACAAUAUAUAUAUAUAUAAGAAAUUUAGAAUGAAGACAUAAAGAAAUGAAAUUCAAACCAGAAAAUUCGAAAUUCCUUAUAAAUAUGUAGAAGAAAAAAACCAGUACUCACCAAACCAAAAGAAUUAUAGAAAUAUAAAAGUUUCGAUAAAAAUAAAAAAUGAAUAAAUCAGAAGAAUUGGUUUUUUUUAACAUAUGUAUAGGUAAUUUUGAAUUUUACUGGUUUUGAAUUUCAUUUCUUCCAUUUCUUUGUGGAUUGUAGCUCUGUAUGAAUCAUAAUAUUAUGAACUCUUGUCUUAAUGCAUCCGAACUGUCAGCGUACUUGCUGAGUCCUCUUUGCAGUUGCAUUUUAAGUCACUAUGACUGCUUUGUUUUUGCACUUAUAAAGCAUUUAACAUGAUACUGUCUGUAAAUAAAAUUAAUUGGCUAGUACGCCAAAUCUUCUGUUAUUUAAUUGCCUGUAAAUGAACAAAAUGAAUGUGGUUUUAAUUACAA